AUGCUCGCCUCCUCAAGAACAGCACUGCGCCAGGCCGCGGCCAAGCAGCUGUCCCUCCGCUCCACUGUCCGAGCUGUGUCUGCAUGGUCGCAGGUGCCCCAAGGCCCUCCAGCCAUUCUGGGUAUCACCGAAGCCUACAAGGCCGACAGCAACCCCAAGAAGAUCAAUCUCGGUGUCGGCGCCUACCGCGAUGACAAGGGCAAGCCCUACGUCCUGCCCUCGGUGAGGGAGGCAGAGAAGAAGGUGGUUGACUCAGCGCUCGACAAGGAGUACGCCGGCAUCACCGGUGUGCCCAACUUCACCAAGGCAGCGCUCAAGCUCGCAUACGGUGCCGACUCGAAGCCCCUCAACGAGGACUGCAUCGCCGUCACCCAGUCCAUCUCGGGCACGGGUGCCCUGCGCAUCGGCGGUGCCUUCCUCGAGCGCCACUACCCCGGUCCCAAGACCAUCUACAUUCCCACGCCCUCGUGGGCCAACCACAAUGCCGUCUUCAAGGACUCUGGCCUCAAGGUGGAGAAGUACCGCUACUACAACAAGGACACGAUUGGCCUCGACUUUGAGGGAAUGAUUGCCGACAUCAAGGCCAUGCCCAAGAACAGCAUCGUGUUGCUCCACGCCUGCGCACACAACCCGACGGGUGUUGACCCUACUGAGGAGCAGUGGACCAAGAUUGCCGACGCUGUCAAGGAGGGCGACCACUUCCCCUUCUUCGACAUGGCGUACCAGGGCUUUGCCAGCGGCGACACGGCCAAGGACGCCUUUGCGCUCCGGCACUUCAUCAAGGAGGGUCUGCGUCCUGUGCUUGCGCAGUCGUUUGCCAAGAACAUGGGUCUGUAUGGCGAGCGUGUUGGUGCUUUCUCGGUUGUGUGCGAGUCUGCCGAGGAGAAGAAGCGUGUCGACUCGCAGGUCAAGAUCCUGGUGCGCCCAUUGUACUCCAACCCUCCGGUGCACGGAGCCCGCAUUGCAUCUGAGAUUCUGAACGACGCGGCGCUCAACAAGCAAUGGCUUGGCGAAGUCAAGGGCAUGGCGGACCGCAUCAUCACGAUGCGUGCUCUCCUCAAGGAGAAGCUGGAGAAGCUGGGCAGCAAGCACGACUGGAGCCACAUUACGUCGCAGAUUGGCAUGUUUGCAUACACUGGGCUGACGGCGGAGCAGAUGGACAAGCUCGCCAAGGAGCACUCGGUGUACGCUACCAAGGACGGGCGCAUCUCGGUGGCAGGCAUCACUAGCGAGAAUGUCGGCCGUCUUGCCGAGGCCAUCUACAAGGUCAAGGGUUAA